CAAGCGCGCCUGGGUAGCUGGACUUUAGCCGUCUGGUUACCAAGGAGGAGGCUGUGCCAUAGCCGCUAGGCUGUUUGGCAGUUGGCUCCGCCUAGGCCGGGCCCCGCCUCGCCGGAGCCCUCCAGGUCACUUCUGUCCGCACGAAUAACAUCCUGUGACAAAAUGUUUCCUGGGGAGAGAAAACAUACAUCUGCUUGUCCCAGAUAGGAAGCCCAUAGGGAGCCCAUGACAGACCACAGUAGGAUACCACCAAAGUCCAACUUGAGCAGUCUUCAUCAGAACCUCUGCAGGUUGCCAUGGCAAUGAGUGAAACCCCACCCCUUGAUCCUGCAAGAAGCACUGGACACUAAGGGUGGUCCAUCCGGAUGCUCCACCUCUUGGGAACGUGAGCUAAAGCUGUUGAGUUGGAGACGGGUGUCCUCGGCAUCCUCGGCUGCUCCAGGUUAAGAAGAAGCGUGUGCUCUUUCUCCACCUGGCUCCCGAUUUCCUAUCAGCACUGGAGGAGCUGCUGCAGCCCACACACUGCCUGACUUCAGAGCUAGGGAGUGAGGCCUCCAGAAGAGUUCCACAGAGGCUGUGUGGUACAGAUCUUCAUGAGCCGGCACCAGGCAGCCCUGCUGGGUCUGGGACUACUGCUCAUAUUCCUACUGUAUGUGGGGUUGCCUGGCCCACCCAAGCAGUCUUCACUACUCUGGAGAGGCCCUAAUGUCACAGUCCUGACUGGUCUCACCAGAGGCAACUCUAAAAUCUUUUACCGAGAGGUGCUGCCAAUCCAGCAGGCGCACAGGGUUGAAGUCGUGCUUCUCCAUGGAAAAGCAUUUAGUUCCCACACUUGGGAGCAGCUGGGCACGCUGCAGCUACUGUCAGAGAGGGGCUACCGGGCUGUGGCCAUCGACCUUCCAGGUUUUGGGAACUCAGCCCCUUCUAAGGAGGUGAGCACAGAGGCAGGCCGAGUGGAGUUGCUGGAGACAGUGCUCCGGGACCUAAAGGUGCAGAAUACUGUGCUGGUGAGCCCCUCCCUGAGUGGCAGCUAUGCACUGCCCUUCUUGAUGCGAAGCCACCACCAGCUACGUGGAUUUGUGCCCAUUGCGCCCACCUCCACCCGGAAUUAUGCACAGGAACAAUUCCAGGCUGUGAAGACCCCGACUCUUAUCCUGUAUGGGGAACUGGACCACACUUUGGCGCGAGAGUCACUUCAGCAGCUCCGCCACCUGCCCAACCACUCCGUGGGGAAGCUGCACAAUGCAGGCCACGCCUGCUACCUCCACAAGCCAGAAGCCUUCCACCUCGCCCUUCUCGCCUUCCUCGAUCAUCUGCCUUGAACGGACUCACUUCCCAGGACCCUCUCUCUCCCUCCUCUUCCAGUCCGGCAGUCCCUGGCUGGGAUUGUGGGGACAGAGGAUCAAGCUUAGCCAGGACUUUUGUAUUUCAUUUCACAGGCACAAUAAAGAAAAGCCUUUUGUCUUGCCUGGA